AUGAAACUCUUGGCUGCAACACGAGCUCUGAUUUUUGCCGGUGUUGCUGCAAGGCAAGGCCUUGCUGCCGCCACUCAGGGGCUCUCUGAGGACGUCUAUAGUCGCUUAGUCGAGAUGGCCACCAUCUCCCAGGCUGCCUAUGCUGACCUAUGCAACAUCCCAACGACAAUCAACACGGUGGGAAAGAUCUACAAUGCUGACACGGAUAUCAACGGAUGGGUCCUUCGAGACGAUAGUCGCCAGGAAAUCGUCACUCUUUUCCGGGGCACAGGCAGUGACAAGAACAUGCAACUCGACACCAAUUAUACGCAGGCUCCUUUUGACAGCCUUCCUCAAUGCAGCAGCUGUGCCGUGCAUGGCGGGUACUAUCUUGGCUGGAUAUCCAUCAAAGAUCAGGUCGAGUCCUUGGUCCAACAGCAGGCCAGCCAGUAUCCUCAGUAUGGAUUGACAGUCACGGGUCAUAGUCUGGGCGCGUCCAUGGCCGCAAUCACUGCAGCCCAGCUCUCUGCCGCAUACGACAACGUCAGUCUGUAUACAUUUGGCGAGCCACGAACUGGUAACCAGGCCUAUGCGUUGUACGUUAACGAGGCUUUCAAAGCCCAGAGCCCUGAUACAACUACGUACUACCGCGUUACCCACGCCGACGAUGGUAUCCCGAACCUUCCUCCUACUUCGCAAGGUUAUGUCAGUUCUGGCAUAGAAUAUUGGACUGUAGAGCCCCACAGCGCCCAGAACACAUAUGUCUGCACCGGGGGAGAGGUCCAAUGUUGCGAAGUCCAAGGUGGACAGGGAGUUAACGAUGCGCAUGUUAAUUAUUUCGGGAUGGCUAGCGGAGCCUGUUCCUGGUAG